AUGAUCAACGGAGGAGGAAACGAUAUUGGAAAUGCGAACGAUCUGAUUGAUGAGAGCAGCAGGAGAGAGCUCCUUCGUACUCCGCCGCCGCCGAACUUGUUCGACGGCGCCGGCGACGAAGACUACGCUUCUUCUUCUUUGUCUUGGAGACUCGAUGUCAAACAGUUCCGUUUGCCUAGCCGAAGUCCUUUUCAUCGCUCUUCUUCCUUCGGUCUUCGCCGCCUCCUGCCUACUCCGAGGAAGCAAGGAAAAAUUGCAGAAUACUACAAAAAACAAGAAAGACUACUCGAAGGUUUCAAUGAGAUGGAAAUUAUGCAUGAAUCAGGUUGUUUGCCUACAAAUCUAACAGAGGAGGAAACGAAGCAGCUUGCCCGGAGUGAGAAUAUAGCUAUUAAUGCGUCAAACAUUGCUAAUUUGGUGCUUUUCUUGGCAAAAGUUUAUGCUUCAUUGGAAAGUAGAUCGUUAGCAGUUAUUGCCUCAACCUUGGAUUCUCUCUUGGACCUCUUAUCUGGGUUUAUUCUGUGGUUCACUGCUUAUGCCAUGAAAAACCCAAAUCAGUAUCGCUAUCCCAUUGGAAAGAAAAGGAUGCAACCAGUGGGUAUUGUCGUCUUUGCAUCAGUCAUGGCAACUCUCGGACUACAAAUAUUGCUUGAAUCUGCUCGGCAGCUCAUUACAAAGGCUGGUCCAAGCAUGAACCAUGAGAAGGAAAUGUGGAUGAUUGGGAUUAUGGUUUCUGUCACAGUGGUGAAGUUUGUGCUCAUGCUCUACUGCCGAAGAUUCGAAAAUGAAAUCGUCAGGGCCUACGCGCAGGAUCAUUUCUUUGAUGUUGUCACUAACUCAGUUGGAUUAGCAACAGCUGUCCUGGCCAUCCAAUUCUACUGGUGGAUUGAUCCUACUGGGGCUAUAAUUAUAGCGGUGUAUACAAUGAGCACAUGGGCAAAGACAGUGAUGGAAAACGUGAGGUCAUUGAUAGGAAGAACAGCCCCACCAGAUUUCCUGGCGAAACUAACAUAUCUCAUAUGGAAUCACCAUGAAGACAUCAAGCAUAUUGACACUGUUAGAGCCUACACUUUUGGGUCUCAUUACUUCGUGGAGGUUGACAUUGUCUUGCCUCAGGACAUGUUCCUUAGCCAUGCCCAUAACAUCGGGGAAACCCUACAAGAGAAGGUUGAAAACCUCCCUGACGUUGAACGAGCCUUUGUACACAUAGAUUUUGAGUGCACCCAUAGACCCGAACACAAGUCUAAGGUCUGAUAUUAGAUAGAAUAGUUGGAUGAGGUGCCCCCACCCCAUAAUAAUGUUAACUUUUGUUCAUCUGUCAUUGUUGUCUCUUGUUUGGACUCCCAUUGAUUAUCUUUAAUGUCUUUUUCAUUGUGUACUAAUAAAAGGUGGUUUUUUUUUUUUCUUGUUAUCUCAAAAGUUAUGAAUUUUUGUAAUUAUAAAAGAUAAUUAUAGUAAAAGGUUGUUCUUUUUA